AUGUGGACUUAUUUUGAUUGCGCUGGUUUCGACUCUGCUAUUAUUGCUAAUAUCAUUUUUACUUCAGAAGUCAGACUCCACUCAAUGAAAGAGGAUUUCAUACCUUCAAUGCAAGUCAAGGAAUACGAGAUCAUAAAACGAGGUGAGCCAUUUCAAAUACUAACAAUGGUUAGCUACGUUAAAACUAAUCCCGACAUUGUCUCAAUCAGCGGAGAAGGACUCGAAGGCGAAGCAAGGAUAUACGAAGAUCGUAUAAGGCUAAGCGGUGGUAGAGGCAGAGAUAGUGAGACUUGA